GAGGGAUCCCACUGAAAGAGACUCUUCGAUGUGGAGGGCGCCUGUGGCGAUGGUGCCCAGCUGAUCUUCCCCAGAAGGAAGCUUUCCAAGUAGACUUGAGGUGUCGGAGGGCCUCUACGAGAUAUUUCUGCUUCAUUUGGAUUAGGAAAGGCAUCAUUGUGGCAGCGUUCCAAGCCAACGACGCGAUUCGACAUCUUCUUGUCCCACACAUGGGCAACGUCAGGACGAUGGAAGUUCCUGUCCUUGUCCCUACAGCACCUUGCCCGCAGGGCGAGAAAAUGGAGAACCUGAAAGCGAAGCCUGCGUCCUACAUUUUGUAUGGAUGUGGAGCGCUGGCCCGACCACCUACACUAGUCUAUGGCUACAAGCGGCUACAAGUCUAUUGCAUCGGAUUUAAUGGUUGGAGCUUCGUGUUGCUGUACCUCCAAUCUACCGGCGCCCGGGUCUACAUCAGCUUGGCGUGGGGCUGCUAUGCCAGGUUCGGCUGGCGACACGUCCUCCUGACGUGGAUCAUCGUUGUCUUCGUCGUAGAGGUUCUCACGCUUUUGGACGUGUUGCCAAUGCAUUUCGUGUAUGAGGAGACAUCCAUCAACGGCGAACGGCUGCGGUGCCCCUUCGGUGGCUGGGCCCUCUACAUUGGCGUCAC